UGUGAGGGGGGAUAUAGCUUUAAUAACACAUGUCAUGAUGUGAAUCUGAAUAUUCGUCUAUAUACACAAUCAUUUCAUUUCCAUCAUCAUCACUGUUACUCUUCGUGUCUUGUUAAUAUCUUUUCUUUCUGGGUUUUUCAUCUCACCCCUUUCCUUCAACAAACCAUGGUAUUCACUUUUUGUUGUAUUUUCUUUUUCUUCUACAACUUGUUCUAUUACUUACUUUGAUCUAAAUAUUUGAUUUUUCCUUUUUGGUAUUCAUGAUUUUGUGAUAAUAACAUGUUUGGAACUAAAAAGAUUAGUUUUUUCUUGUUGGGUCUUGUGUCUUUUUUUGUUCUUUCUCUUUAAUUCAUUGUUGAGACUUUAGAGUAUGCAGGUUGAGCUUAUGAAAAUGGCUUUAGAGGAAACUGAUUCAUGGAGUUUAGGAGGAAUAAUUGGAUCCUUUAUUGACCUUUUUGUAGCUUAUGUAUUACUAUGUGGAUCCACUUUUGCUUUCUUUGUUGCCAAAUUUCUUAGGUUUUUUGGAUUUUAUCUUCCUUGUCCUUGCAAAGGGAUUUUAGGUUAUAGAAAUAGCUAUCUUUGUUUUCAUAUGUUAUUGUUUGAAUGGCCUUUAAGGAAGAUAUGUUCCAUUCAAGUAAUGGCGUUGAAGAGGUUUCCAUUUGAUUUGGUUUGGGUGAAGAAAGAUCAUUCUUUAAACAAUAUCAAUGAGAACAAAAUGGUUGUUAAUGUUGAUGAGAAAACAUGUGGUAAUAAUGAUAAUAGGAUUGUUGAAUUAGAAGAUGAGAGUUUGAGUUCGAGUCCACGUUUGCGAGAAAUUGGGUAUGAUGUUAAAGGAAAGGGGGUUUUGAGUUUGAAACGUAGGUCAGGGUUUCGGCGUAGGAAGAGGAGUGGUUAUGAUUGUGGAAAAAUCGAUUCGGUUAUUCGUCGUCAUAGUUUCCAGUCUGAUGUUACAUUCACUUCCACGCCUUGUGAUGGAAGCAGCGGUAUGAUUAAAGAUAGAUCCAGUCAGAGCUCAAAUUCUGCGUCAGGCAAAGAAGGUAGUUUGCAUUGCGAUGACUAUGACCGGACGAGCCAUGAUUUGGACGAAAAAACAUGUCACAGUUAUGAAUUCAAUACAUCAAUAAUUGAAAGUCCGGGACAGGGAAUAUAUUCAUCGACUUUGGAGCACUACUCGAGUGCUACUACAAGAGAUAAUAUUCAUGUUGUUGGAAAUGAAGACAGCCGUAUCAAGAUGUAUGAAAACGCGCUUGAAGAAGAGAAAGCUGCUUACGCUGCUCUUUAUCUAGAGUUAGAGAAGGAGAGAGCUGCAGCUGCUACUGCUGCGGAUGAAGCCAUGGCUAUGAUAUUGCGUCUGCAAGAGGAGAAAGCUUUGAUGGAAAUGGAGAUGAGACAAUACGAUAGGUUAAUUGAAGAAAGAGUUGCUUAUGAUGAAGAAGAGAUGAGUAUUAUGCAAGAGAUUCUGAUAAGAAGGGAAAAGGAGAAUCUCUUUCUGGAAAAGGAACUCGAAAGGUAUAGGCAAAUGUGUUUGACAGGAAAUUGUGAGUCGAAAUCUAAGUCGGCGGAUGUACGGCUUAAUGAAUGGAAACAACAGUCACCACUUUCGUUUGAAAUAUAUGAUGAUCCACCGCAGACAGAAAGUGCCGUAUCAAAUGUUAAGAGAGAUUUUACCGAUACGGAACAUGGACAAGAGCUGGAGAAGAACAGUAGACACAAGGAUCAAGCGUGCGAUGAUCUGCAUAGCUCUUUCGAUGAUACCGAGUCCGAUGUUCUUGACGUCCAUGUUAUUGAUGACAACAUCGAACAUAAGGAAAAGGAAAUUGAAAAUUCAAGCAGCUCUUCAUGUAGUACUACUCUUUCAGACAAACCGAUGAAUACACGUCUUGAACACGCAAGUUGUUCAGAUGCUGACUCAAAAUGCAAAUCUAUGCCUUUCGACACUGAAAGUGAUUCUCCGUAUUUGGUUCAUAAUGAAAAGUUAAGGAUUGACAAUGAGAUUGAAGUUCUUGGAGAAAGGUUGAGGACAGUGAAGCAUGAAAAAGAGAAAUUGACUUUGUUUACAGACAAAGGCGAAAACGAAAAAGGUCAGUUGAAGCUUUUGGAUGAGAUAGCAUCCCGUCUUCAACAGAUUAAACAAUUAAGGAAGCCUGCACGCGACGCAUCCUUGCCCCCUAAGCCUGCGCGUGGUGCAUCCUUGCCCCCUUCAUGGACUCAGGUGAGCGAGAGGAAGAGGCGCAGCCAAAGUGUGACUUUGGAGACUUGUGAAAGCUCCUAAAUCAUGUAGAGUUUGUUAAUUGACAUGAGGUUUCAUAGCCAAGCAUCCUUGUAAACUUGUAAAUGCUAUGUGAAAUACCUCUUGUUGCCACUAGAAUUCAGCAGUACUUCCCUUUAUCUUGUUGUAUGCUUGAGAACUUAUAGUUUCUGUAAAUAAAUAAAUGUUAUGUGUCA